AUGGAGACUCAUAUGGUCAGAGGAAGCGUGGGAAGUAAAAUAACUGAACAAGACGAGGAGAAACAACCAAAGACUACAUUCAAAGAUGACGAAACCCCAAAGAGACAUGAUCUUACUACAUGUGAAAUUUGCAAUAAGGAUUUGUUCGCUCCAAAAAACUUUCCAUGUCUUCAUUCCUUUUGCGAAAUGUGCAUUACUGAUUACGUCAAAAGAAUUAAAAGAGAGAAAAAAUUGAAAGGUCAUACUCCAACAGUGGCUUGUCCUAUUUGUGAAACUCCUGCAACGUUCCGAUCUGUUGAUAAUCCGAAAGAAUUUGCGGAAAGCUUACAAACAAGCACACUUUCAGCAACUCUGCUAUCAAAGAAAGCAGAAAAGUCCAGAGAAUGUAGUCAAUGUCCAUCUGUUCAAAGAAAUGAGGCAACAUUUUGGUGCUUUUACUGUGCUCAAGCGUUGUGUGAAAACCAUGAAAGCUAUCACAAAACAGUGACAUCAUCAAAAGUUAAACACCAAGUGUUUCCAAUUAAAAAUAUCAGGGACGUUCCAGAUUCAAUUUAUAAAUCUCAGCACUGUCGAUAUCACGAGAAAAACCCGGUAGUCCAUUUUUGUAUGGAUCAUUUAAAUUCGUGUUGUUCCAUUUGUUGGAAGCGGAUGCACAAAGUGUGCAAUGUUAUCCCCAUCGACCAAGCUGCAAGAAUUGUACAUAAAUCACGCAUAACUUCGGAUUUACAACAGACCAUUGAUCACUUGCUUGUUAAAGUAACUGAUACUUUACAAGAACGUGAAGAUUUACUGAAAGACAUACAAAAACAACGAAAUUCUUCCAUGAAAGCAGUGAAAAUGUUCAGAAAAGAUCUAGAUAAAUACAUCGAUUCAUUACAAAGCAAUUUAGAGCUAGACAUCGAGAAUCAUUUUUGUCAAACUAAAGAACAAUUUGAGAGGGAAAUACACGAUUUUGAAAACAAAAGGUCAAAUUUCGAACACUACCUUAAACUUAUCAAAUCAAUAAAUGAAUGUUCACAACCAAUUCAGUCUUUAUCGGAACUGACAGAUAUUCGGUUUCAAUGCAAUGAAAUAGAGGAAUCAAUUGGAAGAACUCUCUUUCAAAUGAAGAAUUCUCGUCUCUCGGUUACAUUUAUAAGUAUUCAGCAAAUAGCGCAUGUGAUAUCUAAACUAGGAUCAGCAGUCAUAACAGAAACAUCUCGAAGAUCACGAAUGCUUAGAUCCUCAAACGAUUCUAGAAACAAAUCGAGACACAGCACAUACAAUUCAUCUUCUUCAAGGAGGUCGAAUAAUCGUUAA